CAUAGUAGGCACAAUAGACAAAGUUACCAGUCGUCUGCAGUCGUAGCGGUCACUUUCUUAAUAUAAUUUUAAUAUUUCAAUACAUUGUAGUGUAAACGUAAAUUCUAAGUGGUAGAGAAGCAACUCGAAGAAAAAAACAAUGUGUUCUGAAGGAAAAGGAUCCACAAUGAGUAGAGUGGCGACAUCGGAAGCCCUGCGGUUCAUGGUGGACUGCCUCAAGACUGCGGGGGCGGCGGCGCGGGCGGCACAGCAGCAGGCAGAGUUGCUGGUAGAGGCUGACAGGCUCGGGCAUCCCAGCCAUGGUCUUAAUAGAUUAGAAUAUUACGUCAACGACAUCCUCAGCGGCGACUGCAAGCCGAACAACACUCCCAAGGUGUUGAAGGAAAACCCGUCCACCGCAUGGGUUGAUGCCAACUGCGUGCUGGGUGCUACUGCCAGUCACUUCGCCAUGGACAUCGCGAUUAAGAAGGCCAGGGAGACGGGAGUAGGCUGGGUGUCUGUUAAAGGCUCUAACCACAACGGCAUGGCGGGCUUCUGGGCGCGGAAGGCAGCUGAAAAGGGUUUCAUAGGGAUGGCGUUCACAAACACUUCCCCAUUGCUGGCACCGACUAGGAGUAAACAAGCCGCACUAGGAACGAAUCCCAUAUCAGUGGUGGCGCCUGCGUCGAAAAGUGAGACUUUCUACUUGGACAUGGCCACUACUUCUGUAGCUGUAGGCAAGAUAGAGAUGCAAAUGCGCAAAGGAGAGAGUUUGCCGCGCGGCUGGGCGCAGGGCCCCGACGGCAAUGAGACCACGGAUGCUGAACUGGCCUUCGAAACAAAAUGCCUCAUGCCCCUAGGCGGAGGGGAGCAGACUUCUGGAUACAAGGGAUACGGUCUUGCAGCCGUCGUCGAAAUGUUCUGUGGCAUAUUAUCAGGCUCCAACUACGGCCACCACAUCCGCUCCUGGUCCCACAGCGGAGAAGGUGGUCCGGCUAACUUGGGCCACUGUUUCGUUGCGCUCAACCCCGACAACUUCGCGCCUGGGUUCGGGGACCGACUCACUGACUGCAUGCACCAUUGGCGAGGGUUGGAGCCGACGGACCCGAAACUGCCGGUUCUAGCACCAGGCGAUAAAGAGAAGAAGGCAGCUGAGGUCACCGACGCUUGCGGGACCGUGUCCUACGUGCCACAGCAGAUUGAGUCCAGCGCUGCCCUGGCGGAGCGACUCAAGGUCAAACCUAUGAAGGUCGAAAAGGAGUGUUGAUGGGAUAAGAAAUGUUGUUGGUAAUGGAGGAGCAUUAUCAGAUGUUGCUUGAUGUAAAACUUCAUGGAUUGUUGACGAUAAAAAGUUAUAUUUUUUAAUUGAAUUUACCGUUUGAUUAAAAUGUUAGUCUUCUAAAGACUAUAAACUGUUAAAUAUUUUUGUAAUAAAUAAUAGUCUUGUGAGUUUAU